AACGCCCGCGCAUGCGCACAGACUGCGGCCUAAGCGGAGGCGGCGGCUAAGGAGCCCUGGGCGACACUAGCACCCUGCCCGGCUCAGCCUCGCCUCCCGGCACCGGUUCCCCUCGGCACGCUCCGGUCCCUCCUCAGUCCUCCCGACCCUCCGCAGCACUAUCCCCGCCGCCUGCCGCUGCCGCCGCCAUGAUGAUGAUGGCGUUGAGCAAGACUUUCGGGCAGAAGCCCGUCAAGUUCCAGCUGGAGGAUGACGGCGAGUUCUACAUGAUCGGCUCCGAGGUGGGGAACUACCUCCGUAUGUUCCGAGGUUCUCUGUACAAGAGAUACCCCUCACUCUGGAGGCGGCUAGCCACUGUGGAAGAGAGGAAGAAAAUAGUUGCAUCGUCACAUGGUAAAAAAACAAAACCUAACACUAAGGAUCAUGGGUACACAACACUGGCCACCAGCGUGACCUUGCUGAAGGCCUCUGAGGUGGAGGAGAUCCUGGAUGGCAAUGAUGAGAAGUACAAGGCCGUCUCCAUUAGCACAGAGCCCCCCACCUACCUCAGGGAGCAGAAAGCCAAGAGGAAUAGCCAGUGGGUGCCCACCCUCCCCAAUAGCUCUCACCAUCUGGACGCUGUGCCCUGCUCCACCACUAUCAACAGGAAUCGCAUGGGCCGAGACAAGAAAAGGACCUUCCCUCUCUGUUUCGACGACCACGACCCCGCUGUCAUCCAUGAGAAUGCAUCGCAGCCCGAAGUGCUGGUUCCCAUUCGACUGGACAUGGAGAUCGAUGGGCAGAAGCUCAGGGAUGCCUUCACCUGGAACAUGAAUGAGAAGUUGAUGACCCCUGAGAUGUUCUCGGAGAUCCUGUGUGAUGACCUGGACUUGAACCCGCUGACUUUUGUGCCGGCCAUCGCUUCAGCCAUCCGGCAGCAGAUUGAGUCCUACCCCACAGACAGCAUCCUGGAGGACCAGUCAGACCAGCGUGUCAUCAUCAAGUUGAAUAUCCACGUGGGCAACAUAUCCCUGGUGGACCAGUUUGAGUGGGACAUGUCGGAGAAGGAGAACUCACCGGAAAAGUUUGCCCUGAAGCUAUGCUCGGAGCUAGGGCUGGGUGGGGAGUUUGUCACCACCAUCGCCUACAGUAUCCGGGGACAGCUGAGCUGGCACCAGAAAACCUACGCCUUCAGUGAGAACCCCCUACCCACGGUGGAGAUCGCCAUCCGCAACACAGGUGACGCUGACCAGUGGUGCCCACUACUGGAGACUUUGACGGACGCAGAGAUGGAGAAGAAGAUCCGUGACCAGGACAGGAACACAAGGCGGAUGCGGCGUCUGGCCAACACUGCCCCAGCCUGGUAA